AGAAAGAGGAAGAAAAUAGAGUUUUUGAGAGAUGACAGAUAAGGUAAUGAGCACAGGCAAAGAAGGUGUCAAAUGCAAUGGCAAAGGCGAGAUGAACCCAUAUGAAGGAGAGUUCGGAGCCGAGGCAUGGCCGGGUUUCAAAAAGAAGGCCGGUAGCGUGAUUACAGCACAGAAGAAGCUGGUGAAGACGAUGAUGGCCGAGUACAUAAUUGAAUCUAUUGAUUCUGCUAUCGACAAAGUCAAGAACAAGAAGAAGAUCAAGCCUGACGAUCAUGGGUCUGCUUAAUCCAGUACCCUUUAUAUAUGGUUAUAUACUCUGAAACGUGUUGUUGAACUUGGACUUAAUU